UGGAAAGAUAAAUGAAAGAAGGCAGAUAUAUCCAUGUAACAUACAGUAGGCUAUGUAUGUAUGUUUAUUAUAACAUUGUUCUGUGUGUCAAAAUGAAAGACAGCCCACACACCUAUCAAUCAUCAAACCGUGGGUUCUUAUUUCAUUACAUGUUGAUUUCUAUUAACACGUAAUGUUGUAUUCUUUCACACACAGUGACGUCAUGAGCUACCCACAAUGCAACACGCGCCAUAUAUAUAUAUAUAAAUACGCCAUUUUCCUGGAGGUGCAGAUAUCCUGGAAGUGCAAAUAUAAACAGCUAGCUAACGUAGCCAGGCAGAGCGCACAAGUUUUUUUUUCUGAAUUAACGACCGAAGAAAUCGCUGCAUGUCUUCAGAUUACAUCUCUGGACUUGAGGGGUGUGCUCUAGGUCGUUACCAGCGUCAACUAGAGCUGUGUGGGUUGUCAGAUUGCCCUUACAGACUGCCUGCAGAUGUAUGGAAAAACAACAGUUGCCUUCGUCGAUUUUGGCUGCAUCUACGUCUAAUUUCUGCAGGCAUGAGAAUCACUCACCUUUCGGCGAUAUUCGCCAUUUUGAAACCAAAAUAGGUGACCUACGUGAAUCGUGUAGAUUCGAUGAGAAAAUAUUUAAUGGGGGGGGGGGGGGUAGGUAUGUUCAGAGGCCGCAACGGCACGCACCGUUAGGUGACGAGUGGAAGACGAGACCCAAUCACCGCAGCCGAGAGACUCUCUCAGCGGCAGUGAUUGGGUCCCGUCCUCCACGGCCUCGGAACCAGCCCCAGAGAUUCAGUGAACUGCAAACAGGUGCGCGUGCCAAAAAGGGACCUGAUCAUUGGUUUACAAGCAGUUCGCUUCGCUCGUGCUGACCAGAGUGGGAUCCAGACCACCAUCAGAAGCUGAAAGCACGCCUGGCCUCGGCGAUUUACCUGACUGAAUUUGGACGUGUUGAUGAUUUUGAGGUGAGGGGACUGACAAGGCUGAAGGGUAAAGUGGUCCACCGUUCUAUCAAUAAGGCUAAACUAGAAGUUAGUGCUAACACUAAUACAAACAUUAUUUUUUGCAGAAUGAGUGUGUUAAGGGAGAAGGAUUCAGCCAUUGUUAAACAGCUGGAUGCUGGAUUGAAAUGCAGCUGGAACUGGUCGUGGCUAAAACUGGAAGGCAAGGCAAUGGUCCUUGGAACCUUGGCGGAGCAUUCCAUCCCGUUUUCUAUGGCUCCUGUAAUUGUUGAGCUUGCCCAGACCCUUUCCUUGGAUAAACCAGCUUUGCAGGGAAUGAAGCUGUCGCGGACGACAGCUUCAUACAAGAUGAUCCAUGGUCUAGGGCGGACCUACUCUGAGAGGAACUUUUCCAACAUGAAGAUAUUUCCAUUUUCGUUAAAUUUAGACGAGAGUACCUCCAACAACAACAAAAAGGUUGGUCUCAUAUUAAGCUAUUGCCAUCAAAGUCCAUCUGUUUUUGCUUCAGUGUAUGCCCUGUAAAAUGUUGCAUGGCUAAUAAACCUUUUUAUGUUGAAGAUCCUCUCCAUGCUCGUUUGCUACUAUCAUGCAGACUUGAGGAAGGUGAUAGUGGAGCAUUUGGGGUCCUUGGAGAUCGUGAAGUUCUUUAGAGAUGGUGCUCUGUGAGUUCUUUGAGAAAAACAACAUCCCGUGGAAUAACCUUGUGAGUAUGCUGAUGGACUCGUGUGCUGUGAUGAGGGGCAGCAAGACCGGCCUCGAGAUCAGGAUGCACCAAUACUGUCCCAACCUGCUCGAUGUUGAUGGGGACUCCUGUCCUCAUAUACACAAUGCGGCAAAGAAGUUCUCCGAGCCCUUUGACAGCUACUUGGAGAAGCUGUUCAGUGAUCUCCAGGUUGACCAUCAGUGGAGUCCAGACCAGGUGAUGUACCUCAAGGAGAUAGCUAUGAUUCUAAAUCUCCCCGCCUCCAGCCCACAGAGGGGCUUUGUUCGUCAUCGCUGGCUGUCUGCAUACGAUGCCAGCAUGGCAACCCAUGCCAUGAUGCCUGCGUACAGAGUCCUCUAUUAUGGCUUCCUCUCCACUGCAGAUAAGGAGCUGUAUAGGGAGCCUUUGGAACUGAUGUACACCAAGUACCACGUCAACCAGGCAGGAAGAGCCCGUAUCAAGGUGGUUCAGGAGGAACUCAACAGGAAAGGCAUGACUCCACAAGGCCGUGAGAGAAAAAAGAGGGUAUGUCAGAAGCUGCGGCAUGAGGAGACGACAACAGUCUUACGGCUCAGCAUCUACAUGGGUUUGCUGGCUAUUCUCAAGGAGUAUGUCUUGGUUUUCCAGGGUAGCCAGACAUUGGUUCACAGACUUCAUGAUCGGCAGCUUGAGCUGUUCCUGGCCUUCAUGGCUUGCUUCGUGAAGGCCGAAUACAUUACUCAGCUGUCUCCCAGGGCUCUGAGGGAGAUGGUCCUGGAGGAUUAUAUGCUGCUGCCCUCCAAGGAGGUCUAUGUGGGACAGGAGGCUGACACGUUCAGGAACCAGAAUCCCAAUCAUGCUCUGUUGGUGCCAUUCCUAGCAGACGUCAGGAAAGCCUACAUCACCACUGCAGUGUACCUCCAGAAGAAGCUCCCCUUGGCCAGUCCGACUCUUACAGCCCUGUCUGCUCUGGACCCUCUUCUGAGAGGCCACUCACAGGCAACCAUCCAGCUUAAGAGGCUGAGUGGUAUGCUGCGGCACCUCUUGCCAGCAGACCAGGACAUCCAGAGAGAACUUGUGCGGUUCAAUGUUGACCUGACCAUCCCCAGUUUCAAGGAGGGUGAGAGCAUGGUUGAGUGGUGGGGUCAUGUCUUUGACAAGCCAGAUAAGUACCCCUCCCUGAGUGCGAUGGUUAAAUGUUGCCUCUCCAUCUUUCACGGACCAAGGGUUGAGUCUUCUUUUAGUUUGAUGAAUGAAAUAAUUGACAAAAGGAGUGGCAACAUGAAUGUACCAAAAUGUAAUGCAAUCCAGACGGUCAAGUACACCCUGCAGUCCAGGGGGAAGACAGCCGUGCAGCUCUUCAGAAUGGAGGAUGUGAAGUUCGGGGAGGUGGACAGAACACUAUGCAAGAAUAUCAACUCUGCAGCAGCCACAUACAAACGCCAGCAGAAGAUGAAUCAGAAAGAAAAGCAGCAGCAACAGAGCAAGUAUGGCUCCCAAGCAUCUGGCAGUGCUCAGCAGGCCAAGAAACAGACUGCUGAAGAAGAGAAAACGGCGAGGCUGAAACAUGUGGCAAAACAGCGAAAGCGGGCCAUGGAGACACUGGUGGUCCAGGCAAAGAAGAAAAAAUGAGAUCUGGUUCUGAGAGUAUUACGAACUGUGUCCUUAAGUCUCAGGAGGGAGUGUUUCAGCUGUAACUACAGUAUCACAUCCCUUUCCUCUCCCUUUCAUUCAGUAUUUUGUACAAAACAAGAUUGAUUGUGUUCCUUUUCUAUGUUGACCUUAACAGAUUUAAAAUAAUAUAUCACUAUC